AUGAGCAGCAAACGCGCGAGCGAGGGCAGCCCAGAUGGCACGCCAGCCAAGCUCACCAAGUCUGAGAAUGGAGACUUCUCGCGCUCUGUCAGGAAGAAGUUGACGACGACGUCGAGAACUGGUCAGGCCUGCGACCGCUGCAAGGUCAGAAAGAUACGAUGUGACGCUCGUCCAGGAGGAUGCUCACCAUGCAUCGCCAACAACCUCGAAUGCAAGACGACGGACCGUAUCACUGGACGCGCCACCUCGAGAGGCCACACCGAGCACAUUGAGGGGGAGAACAUGGCAUUGAAGCAGCACAUCAACGACUUGCGCCAGCAGUUGAUCGACUCUGGACUCGACCCUCGUCCUGCUCCAAUAAUGCCCCUGGGCUUUGUCGGCAGUGGUGGCCAGCCUGCCUAUGCCUGGCCUCAACAGAUGUUCGACCUCUCGUCAAUCCUCGGAGCAGAAACUCAUCUCGACCCGGCCAAGUCUCGCGCUCGUACGUCCGCCCUGCCCGACUACCGCAACAACUCCCUCGGCGACAACUACCUCGGUAUCUCUGGUGCCAAUGAAUGGCUGUCGCCCAUCAAGGGCACGUCGGUUGCUCUCUUCGGCAUGGAGCUGGACCUUGUCGACUUUGUUACCAAUGACAAUGACGAAGCCUUUUCGCCUACAUCAUACGAAAACUUCCUCAGCAUCGCCUUCAAGUCGUCGCAAGAACGUCCGCCUCCACCUUCGUUCCCUUCGUACCGCGAAUGCAAGGCCCUAUGCGAGUGGUACUUCAUCUCGGUCAACUGCCAUGCGCCAAUCGUCCACAAGCCCGACGUCUUGGACAUGGUCGAUCGCCUCAACUCGGACGAGGUCUACCAGCCAGAUAUUAGUGAGACUGUCCAGCUGCACAUGAUCAUCGCCAUGAUGUUGUUCCAGUCCUCAGUCAGAAACAGCCGUCCGACUCAAUGGGCCGACCACUACCGUUACGCUGCCAGUUUCCUUCCUGACCUCAUGGCCAAGCGUACACUGCCAAACAUUCAGGCUAUUGCUUUGAUCUGUCUGCAUCUGAGAAACUUCACCAAGCCCGGAGCUGCCUGGUUCAUGUCAACCCUGACACUCAACCUCUGUGCAGAGAUGGGUCUCCACAGAUCGGUCAGCGCUUGGGGCAAGUCUAGCCCGGAAUUCAGCGAACAUGAGAUUGAGAUGCGCAAGCGAGUCUUCUGGAGUGUUCUGGUCAUCCACACUUCCAUCAGCAAUAAGCUUGGUCGACCAUUGGCCAUGCGCCUUGAAGACUUCGAUGUCGAAUUUCCCAUGGCUCUUGAUGACAACACUGGCAAUGAGGCGACUUGUAUCGACGAAUGGCACAAGUGCUCGUACCGUGUCGCGUGUCACAACUUCAAGUGGGUCUUGCUUGUCAUCCAGGUUCAAACCUCGAUUUACUCAGUCCGCGCUCCACCUCACUCAUAUGAGCUCACCAUCCAGAAGCUCGAGCGUGAUCUUGACUAUUUCUUGAAGAGCAUCCCCAUUGAGCUUUCUGGUGGCCCCGAGACUGCUCAGGACGACAGAGCCUGUUCACUAUACCUGCAAUUCGGCGCUCAAGAGCUGAACUUGCUCGUUCAUCACCCUGCCGUUUGUCGCACUCAGAACACGGACGUCAACAACAAGAACUUGGAUGUUUGCCUGGACGCCAGCGCCAAGUUGCUGCACAUUGCGCAAAGUAUGCGUGCCUUGAGAGCUCUUGACACUACUUGGCUCAAUGCUACUGUCUGGCUCUCUGCCAUGUUUGUCACUCUCUUUGCCUACAACCAGCGCAAGGACCACAUCACAUCCACUGAUCUUAGCGCUCUCAAAGAUACCAUGGAGCAGUGGUUGAGCAUCAUUGGCGACAUCGGUCAGCUGAUGGGCAGUGGCGCUAAGCUGCAAAACGCCGUUCGUCACAUUGUCAACGCUUCGAUUGACAACAUUCAUCGUCACCUUGCUGCCAAGACUGCAAGCGCUGCUGUUGCUUCGGCCAACAUUGCCCACUCCUCGCCCGCUCUCGCCGAUGGCCAACAAGACGGUGUCAAUGGCUACAACGCUCCCUCUGGUUAUGCUCCUGCAUAUGUUCCCGCUGACCCCAAUGGUGCUCCUCCCACCGAUACCACUGCUGGUGCUUCAUACCUUGGCCCCGAUGAGAAUGGUUUGCAGGCCCAACAGCCUUACCAGACCAACGGCUUCGCAUAUCCUGACCCAUCAGGCGCAUCAGCACCCGCUUACCCUGCAUUCGUCGACAGCAGCGCUUACACCAACGGAGACGACAUCAAGUCCGAUCUCACUGCUCAACUCGCCGCUCACAAUGCUGGCCACGCCCUGCACCAAACCAAUCAUACGCAUAACCAGAACCUGCCGCAACAAAUGGCCNCCCACGAUCAGACGGCACAAAACCUCUUCCAAGCAUUCACCUCUCCAUCGCCGAAUAAUAGCUACGCUUCUCCGAAUACCCCUGCAACAACCGCACCGGCAAUGACACCUCAACAACAACCUCAACAAAUGAUGAUGGGACCUGUCGCUUGGCGUCACUUUACCCAUGAUAUGCUCGGUAUCAUGGGCACGGGUUACCCUGGCUUUGACGUCCAGAAUGCCAAUGCAUUGUUGGCACUGGGCCAGAAGCCUCCUGGUGUGGAUGCUAGCAGCGUCAUGCCUGUCGGAGAUGGACCACUGCCUUUGAUAGGAGAUGGGCUUUGGCCGUUGACGACGUAUGGACCUGUGAGCAGCUCUGCCGGUUACUGA